AAUGGCACGAAUGCGCAUGAAGAAAUUGGAGGAGUUUUUGUCCGGUGUUGACGGUUUCGAAAAACCAAAAAUCUUGUUGGAACAAUAUCCUACGCCUCCUCAUAUAGCUAGCUGUGUCUUGUAUAACGUUCAGGCUCAAUAUUUUGAUUUGGAAGAUAAAUUAGUGGGUGAUCUCGGAUGUGGCUGUGGAAUGUUAAGCAUCGGCUCCUUUUUAUUGGGAGCACAGCUUACAAUUGGUUUUGAAUUGGACCCUGAUGCUAUAGAUAUUUUCCGCAAUAAUGUUACUGAAAUGGAAAUACCUGCCAUUGAUUGUGUUCAAACUAAUGUAUUGGAGCUUACUGGGUCGAAAUGGGAAAAUGCUUUUGAUACAAUUGUAACCAAUCCUCCAUUUGGUACAAAACACAAUGCCGGUAUGGAUAUGAAAUUUGUUGAGACUGGCAUACAUUUGGCCACCGGUGCUGUAUAUUCCCUACACAAAACUUCAACGAGAGAUUACAUACACAAAAAAUCCAAAGAUUGGAAAGUGAAAGGUGAAGUAGUGGCCCAGCUAAACUAUAACAUAGACAACAGCUAUAAAUUUCAUAAAAGCAAAUCGGUUGAUAUUGAAGUGGAUUUUUGGCGUUUCGAUGUAACGGAAAAGGAGCUGUAAUAUACAUUUGUAGCGAAUUGCAAAAAUUUUACCAUUUUAUUUACAGAAUUAAAACAUUUAUUAUGUUUAUUAUUAUAUUAAAUAUACAAAAAAGCAAUGAUGAUUGUGUGCAUUUAUAACAAAA